ACGAACGUAUAUUGUGUUGUGGUACGGAGCAAAGUUUUCCUUUUAAAAACCUUUUAAAAACGUUAUUGUACUUUGCUCCGUGUAAUCAUUUAAUCAAAAGAUGUUCCGUGGCUUUGGUGCUUUUGAUGAUGAUCCUUUUUUCAGUGCUCAUCAGGCUCACAUUCGUGAGAUGGACAGGAUGAUGGGUGGCUUUGGAAGUUUCGGAGGCUUUGGUUUUGGCUCACCAUUUGCUGGUCCGUUUGGCAUGUUGGAAGGCCCUCAGCAUCGGCAUGAAAGACAUAAUAACAGAGAGGGAAGAGUGGUUCCUAGAGAUCGACCGAGAGACCCUUUUGAGUCGAUGUUCAGUAACAUGAACUCCAUGAUGUCACAAAUGCACAGAAACUUUGAAAAUAUGCAAUCCUCCAAUCCAGAUGGUUAUUCUUACUCUUCAAGUAAAGUGAUGUCAUACAGCAAUGAUGGCAGAAAUCCACCCAAGUAUUUUGAGGCAGCAAGUUCGACCAAGCGAGGGCCAGGUGGCGUCAAGGAAACACAGAAGUCUAUGAGAGACUCUGAGGCUGGCCUCCAUAAGAUGGCAAUUGGGCAUCAUAUAGGAGAGAGAGGACAUGUGAUUGAGAAAUCAAGAAAUACAAAAACAGAAACGGAGGAACAGAAACAGGAUUUCUAUGGAAUGGAUGAAGAGGAUGCGUCAACAUUUGACAGAGAGUUUAAAGAAAAGACCAGAAAUUUUGGUCGCCACAACGAAAUAUCAGGGUUCAACGACUCUUCUCGACGACAUCACGAGCAACGAAGUCGAGCGACGCCCGCAUUAGGCCACAGAAGUCACCAUCGCGAGCGCGAGGGUCGCGACAGAAACCACGCGGGGCGCGAGGCAAAUCGCGCACCUGCACCUGCACCUGCACCUGCACCACGCGAAGAAAAUCACGCGGAAGAACGUAAGAAAAGAAAAGAAAAACAGGUAAAGAUGACGGAGCCUGAGUCACGCUUAUAAAAUGCAACCUCUGCAUAUUUGUGGUGGG